ACUGCUUUUACUAUGAUCAAAAGAAAUAAUGAUCUUCAAGAUGUUUUGCGUAUUUCAAUUUUGGAUGUUCGAGUUUAUGCUUUAAGUGCACAUGAUAAAGCAAAACUAAAUUCUGUGAAGAAUACUUUACAUGACACUGUGUCAUUUUGGUCAAUAAGUGUGUUUUGCAAAAAACUACUGGCAGCAAUUCGAAAUGCAGUUAAAUCUGCAAAAGGAGAUCUUGUUCGUGCAUCUGUAAUUCCUCGUUUAUGGAACUAUGUUGCCAACAUCAUCAAAGAAGUGUUAUUAAAUAGUGACUGUGAAAUUCGUCAAGAUGAUAUAAAAUGAUAACUGAGGCUGUUGAAAAACGUAGAAAAUUUAGUGUGUGUGAUAUUCAAAAAGCAGCAAAUCUUUUGGAUCCUAGAUUCAUGGGAAAUGAUUUGAUAGAAUCAGAAAAAAGACAGGGUCUUUCAACAAUCGUUAAAAUAGGACUAGAAUUUCAGUUAUUUAGUGGGGAGAUUAUGAAAGAUUUUAUGGCUUUUAAAUCCCAAUCUGGAAAGGUUUACGGUAAUAAAUUGAUUUGGGAACAAGUUGACAUUACCAUUGACCCAUUACAUUGGUGGUCUGCAUUCUGUAAAGGACAACCUUUACAGAAUAUUGCAUUUAAGCUGCUAUCAUUACCUGCCUCAUCAGCUGCAGUUGAGCGCAGCAAUGAAGAAUAUGCAAUGCAAAAAACAAAAAAACGUAACAGGCUGUCAGAUGCUCUAAGUGCAACAGUAACAAAAGUUGCUUAUAAUAUUAAAGUACAACAAUCUGUGAAAAAGAAAAAGAAGCAGGCUCUACAGCGCUCCAGUUCUCCGAUGGUCCUAUAGAUAUGAACUUUUCUUUUAUUAUAUCAUUAAAAGAUUCACAACCACCUCAUAAGAUCCAAAGAAGUGACACGGUAUAUUUGGUAUCUUCUUGGAAUAGCUCUGAUUGAGAAGUCACAGAAGGUUUUGAAGAACGCAAUAGCGACGAAGAAUAUAAUGAACAAGAAGAAGUUGAUUUUUGAAUGAAAUGUGUAUUUUCUAAAACUUAAUAAUAUUUUAAUCUCGUAUACUCUUGUGUGCUAUACUAGGGCUGACAGAGUGGGGGUGGUAGUGUUGGGUGGAGGGGGUAAUUUUAGUUAAAAUUCAAUAAACUGGGUAAGUGGGAAUU